CCGCAAUAGUGUUUUUGGACAGUGGUUUUUGGACCUGUACUGCGCACACUUGAAUAGCAUGUAUAACGAAAGGUUUUGCUUACAUACAUAGUGUGUAUUGGAGAGUCUGUUAUAAGCUGAAAAAAUAGUGUAUCCAUAGAGCCUCAGCUUAAAGCAAAACAUUGCUGGAAAUUAUCUUUAUGGAAAUGUAAAAAAUGCAGCUAUACUUUUGCUAGUUUUGCCUUUCCAUGCAGAUAGUUUGAUUGACAAAAUUUAGACACUGGAUGUAAAGAGCAACAGUCAUGAAGUGAUUUCAAGCCUCCUGGUUUGAUUCAAAGUAGCUACUUGACUAGUUUGAGCACAUGGAUGGCAGAGCAGGUACGUGAAGGAAAAAGAGGGGGAAUGAAAGAAAAAGAACAAAAUAAAAACAAAGGAAAGGAAGCUGUAGAAAGCCAUGCUCGCCCACGUCUUGAAAGGAUAUGGCACAUAGAAAGAGAGAGAGAACUACAAAACUGGGCACUAGAAGCCAACCAAAAAUUGUAAAAUGUAUUCUCAGGUGUAAAGAGUCAGAUGAGUUUAGAUAGAAUCAGUGUGACUUGAAGAAGGGUUGGCUGUAGCCCCAUUAUUUUUUAUGAUAUAGUUAUUGUUGUCUACAGCGAGGAAAUCUACAGGAAAUGAUGGCAGAAAUAAUAGCAGAUAAGGCAAGCAAAGAAAAUAAAAAAGGGAUUGCUCAAAAACAUUGCUGACUUGAGGGACAGUUUGCACAGGAAACAGAUAACCUUCAGACAUCGAGACUUCAAGAGCUUGAAAUAAUGGCUAAUAUUUUGCCAUAAGACUUUCAACGUUUUGCAAGAAAUAUUUGGCACACUGGCGUUUUAACAACAGCUAAAGCGGAGAACUUUUUCACAAAAAUUUUUUUUAAUUUAUGUGGAAAGCUUUUAUCAUGAAUCUACUGAAAUUUAAUCGAGAACGGAAUCGUUUUUUGACGACUGGGAUCGAAAAUAAGGCAGGAUCGUUGCACCAGGAAAUUUUUGUGACAAAUAUUGAUUCCUUUGAUCUCCUUUUUACUGUAUUAUUAUUAUUUAUCAUUAAAUUGGCAGUGCCCUACAGCAAAAUCGUUUGAAAAAACAAACUUCAGUGAAUCUACAAUAAACUACUCUGUUGUACCAUUUACACCCACAAGCAGACCGUAGUGAGCAUGAAAUUCCAUUUGCACACCUGUUUCAACAAAAUGGCAGCUGAAUUUAUUCUACGUUGGCGACUAUAGAAAUUAGAGGGCGACAUUUAAGGAUUCAAUCACGAAACUAUAGGCUUUACUUUACAACAGACUUGAUGCUGCUUUAGAGGGUUUGUAACAGCAGGUGUGCAAGGUAGAGUUUUCUCACAGUGACUUGGCCGGUAGAGGAUGCUUGCUAGGCAGUAUUGCAUGUUUUCAUAUUUGGGAUUCUCAUUGGCAUAUCCAAGGUAUUUGUUGCAGUACAAUCAGCUCAAGAUGCCUUACGCUCGUUUUCUAUAGAUACAGACAUUUUCACUAUACUUUUGCGGACGAGAAGAUAUGUGUUGUUGUGGAAUGAAUACAAUAAAAGAUUUAUUGCAUUGGGAAAGUUACAUAGUGGCAAACAAGGAUCACUAAACACGGCAAAAACAUCACAGGAUCCUUCUAUCAAAGGUCAAGACGCAAAUGACAAGCAAAACCAUUGCACAAGAAAACAAAGUUAUCAAAACCUAUACUCUUCUACACGUUUGCAAAGUUUCUCUUUACUCUUCUACUCGUUUGCAAAGAACCAAUUGAUAGGUUUCAUACUAACAGAGAGGAAAGGACAGUUGCAAAGACCUGCAGCUUCUCCACCAAGCUUAGCAGUGUAAUAACGAUGCCUUCAACAUUUGUGUUGGUUACUGCAAUAAUAAACGGGGUGAUUUCUAUUACCGCAACUCUUGCAAAUGGCAUGAUCAUUUACACUUUCGCAAACACAAAAUCAAUUCGCAGCAUCAAUAACAUAUUUCUUGUUCAGCUUGCAUUUGCUGAUAUUCUUAAGGCGGGGAUUAUUUUGUCAGUAAAGACAUACAACCAAAUUAUGGAUAAGAAAUCAAUAAAUGAGAAUAUUUGCCUUGUUUUUGGUGCUUUAUACACAAUCACAACGCUGAUGGACGUGCUUCUUCUCACAGCAAUUGCAAUUGUCAGGUUUUAUAGACUGAUAAAAUGGCAAGCUUACGAAAGAGUUUUCUCCACCAAAAGAGCAAUUUUGUACAGUGUACUGAUCCAGUCAACAACUUUGAUAAUCUCAACAUUUCCUAUUCUAGGUAUUGGCAAAUAUUCUUACAGCAAAUAUCAUGGAAUAUGCUUUGCAGACUGGUCAAGUCAGAAUAUUUUGUUCCGCUCCGUGUUCUACUUUUUCAUCGUAGCUGUCUCUUUCACUAUAAUAUCAUAUUGUUAUGCAAGACUGAUUAGAGCUUUGAAGAGCUACAAAAGAAGAUUGGAAAGUGGUAAGGAAGGCUUGAAGCGACCAAGUGCAGCUAAAAACGCCGUUGGACCUACGCCUGAUUUAAAGAACGGUUACAAUGCGUCUCCUGGUACAAGCGCUGGGAUACUGGUGGAUAACGAUACAGUUAUUAAUGAAGGCAGGCAUACUGCUGUAAUAGCUAUAUCAGAGAAAAUCAAAGCGAAGCAAAGGGAUAGAAAUGCACGCAGAUAUAAUGAGGGGGAUAAUACGCAGUUAAGUCUUCAUGAAAUUCAUGUUACAAAGGUCAUGUUCGCCACUGUAAUUGCCUAUGCGAUAUGUUGGUUUCCAAUGUUUAUCAUAACACUACUUAAGCUUGCUGACGCAUUCCACGGCAAUGAUCACGUGAUAUUUGUUACUUUGACACUUGUGGCCUUGAAUACUUUUAUAAACCCUAUGAUUUAUGGGGUCUGUGACAAUCGGUUUCGAAGUGCAAUGAAGACACUUAUACUAAAUACUGGGAAUCACCGGAAUACUGGCAGCAGAAUAAAAGCCAGAAGAGACGAUACUGCAGCAAAUGAUUGA